GAUGUCAGAUCUCCGAUCAGAGCACAAGAUGGCGGGCGUGUUGUAACGCUUGUGACUACUCGACUUUUUUCCACGCCUAUUGUAUUCAUCUUUCGUGGAGUGUCACAUUUAACUGCGUGUGGUGUUUAUGUCAUGGUCGAAGAAUUACAAGCACGCUAGCAAUAGCUUGGUUGCUCAAGCGCACAUCAAGAUGACUUAAGUGACGAGCUGUUAGCUGCGGAAGCUAUCACUCUCGCUAACUCAACACACCUAUAAGCGAGUGAAGCUUAUGUUAUAGCACAUAUUUACAAUCCACUUUCUUGGAUCGCGUUUUUAUAAACAGGUGGUGCCUCAAAGGAUUGGUUGCCAUGGCAACUUCUGGCUACUCAGAAGACCUCCAGCCUCAGCAGACCAACACGGUAACCAUAGCAUCAACUCCGGCUUCCACCACACCCUCUUCCACCAAGGCAGCAGCAGCACACUUCCUUGCCGGACUCCCACUAACCUCUGGAAGCAUUGCAUCAGCCAAUCAAUCAGCCAAAACUGGACAGGAUGCACUUUCGUCCCAAGCUCCACCUACCCAGGCUCAAAGCCAGAAGGCGGCUGUUCUAGCGGCUCCUACGCAGCACUAUAUAAGCUCAGAAAUCCAGCACACUGUGGCCCAGAAGAGUAAUGGUCAGAACACCUCACCCCAAUACAUCAUAGUGACGGUUACAGAGGGUUCUGCGCACUCAAACGACAGUCUGUCAGAAUCCAGCUCACCUGCCCUGGGUGUGCCUACACGGGUGGUCCAGCCAGUGCAGACCACCACUCAGAGGUCAGUGUUGCAGACGGUGCCACAGGCUGGCAAGAGGGUUCAGUCAGGACACGUCAAUAAUCUGCAGUCUGCGCACAUCAACCAAGAGGUGGAGCAGGUGUACUCGGGCCAGGUGCAGUAUGUGGAUGGAGGAGGCUCCGACAAUGCUUUCACCACCUCCUCGAUCCGGCCAGGGGGCUACUCUUUUUCCGACUCACCCCUCUACUCUCAGACCCCUCCCGCCUCCUCCUCCAACUUCUACGAGGCCACGUCUAGCUCGGAGUCCGACAUCAGCGGCUCGGUGACCUCACAGACUCUCUCCUCCUCUGUUGCGGCGGCAGCUGCUGCCAGCGGGGGCACCUCUGCGAGUGGCUCCGGUUAUGUCAUUCAGGGGGCUUAUUUGUUGGGAGGAGGGGGAGGAGGACAGAGCUACUCCAGCCCAAAUUCACGUGCCCCUCCGGCCACUGUGCAGUGGCUGUGUGACAAUUACGAAGGUGCAGAGGGGGUGAGCCUGCCUCGCUGCACCCUCUACUACCACUACCUGCUACACUGCCAGGAGCAGAAGCUGGAGCCGGUCAAUGCCGCCUCCUUUGGCAAACUCAUCAGGUCCGUCUUCAUGGGGCUGCGCACUCGAAGGCUCGGCACGCGGGGGAACUCAAAGUACCACUACUAUGGACUCAGGAUCAAAUCUGGCUCCCCUCUGCUCAGACUGAUGGACGAACAGCAGCACAUGGCAAUGCGGCAGCAGCCGUUCUCACAGAAAAGCAGGGUAAAGGCGGUUCAGAAAACAGAGGGGAUCGCCAAUGGGACCUCAGGGGGGGCGUCCCAGCAGCAGGCAGGAGUGGUUUGUGAUAUUUCGGCCCAGGUGCAGCAGUACCAGCAGUUCCUGGAAGCAUCACGUCCGUUGCCUGAUUUCGUUGAGAUGAACGUGCAAGAAAGCCAAGAAAGCAGCCUGCCUGAUGGGAUCCUGCCUGAACACCUCAAGGCCUUUCAGACGCUCUACAGGGAACACUGUGAGGCCGUUUUAGACGUGAUGGUGAACCUUCAGUUCACUCUUGUGGAGACACUUUGGAAAUCCUUCUGGAGGUUCAGCCAAAGCAGCGAACCAGAAACUCUCAAUCUUCACCACGAGUCGGAGAAACGUCUGCCAAAAUCAUGCCUCGUGCUGCUGUGCAAGUUUGAGCCUGUACUAAACUGGACAAGAACGUGUGACAACCUGCUCUAUCAGACGCUGGUGGAGAUCCUCAUCCCCGAUGUGCUCCGACCCAUCCCCAGUGCCUUAACUCAGGCCAUCCGUAAUUUUGCUAAGAGUCUGGAGAGCUGGCUGUCCGGCGCCAUGAUGAACAUCCCAGAAGAGAUGGUUCGCAUUAAGGUGGUGUGUGUCAGCUCUUUUUCCCAAACGCUGCGUCGCUAUACCAGCUUGAACCACCUGGCCCAGGCAGCCCGUGCCGUUCUCCAGAACUCGGCUCAGAUCAACCAGAUGCUCUCUGACCUCAACCGUGUAGAUUUCACCAACGUUCAGGAACAAGCGUCGUGGGUGUGUCAGUGUGAGGAUCAAAUCGUCCAGCGGCUGGAGCAAGACUUCAAGAUGACCCUGCAGCAGCAGAACUCCUUGGAGCAGUGGGCCUCGUGGCUGGACGGCGUUGUCUCUCAGGUGCUCAAACCUUACGAGGCCAACCCCGUCGCCCUGCCCAAGGCCGCCAAAGUCUUUCUGCUCAACUGGUCCUUCUAUAGUUCGAUGGUCAUUCGGGACCUGACCCUGCGCAGCGCCGCCAGCUUCGGAUCCUUUCACCUGAUCCGCUUGCUGUACGAUGAGUACAUGUACUACCUGAUCGAGCACAGAGUGGCUCGGGCGAAAGGAGAGACCCCAGUUGCCGUCAUGGGAGAAUUUGCCAGCACAGUCAAGAACCGAUCCACUCCGGACCUGGAGAAAGAUGAGGAAGACGAUGACGAGGACGAGGAGAGUGAGGAUGAAAGCGCAGAUCUGGUCAUGCAGUCCAGCUCUCUGAGCAUGCUGGAAGACAAGGAGCUGUUGGAGCCACCCGCCAAGCAGCCCAGGACCACUUUAAGCCUGCACAGUCUGACAGAGACACACAAUACACCGGCUUAGAGGAAAACACACACACAGAAACUUUUGCUUUAACGCCAUUAAGUCAUCCCAUCCUGCACCCUUCGUCAUGUGUGCUGGGUGUUGUUUGUCGAGUGUGCGCAUGUUUAAGAAAACAGGAGUGCCCUUUAUACCAAUGAUGUAUUUUUUGCUUUUUUGUGCUGCCAUUUUGUUUCUCUUUUGUCAUGUAAUGGUGUAUGAUCCCUGUGCCUUCCCAGAACAUUCAGUGGCCAGCCCUGCACAAAUGCCACAUUACCUGAUGGACACUCAUGAUAUUUCCCUGAGUCUCCCUUGUCCUGCCUUAACCACUAACUAGAUAAUGUAGAGAAAUUGUCCUGGUGAUGUCCAAAAUCACUCAUAUUGCCCUUUAAGCAAUGUCUAUGCAGGGGUGUUUUAUAAUCAGGAUUAAUGGAUUUUAUGGGCUCACUAAUGGACAACUGGUUGUGGAUGCCAUAUUCCAUUUACUUUCUGUAUAUCCUUUUUAAUUUGGCCAACUGAUUCGCUGUGCCUUUGAGAGAUUGCUAGCCCAAUUGAACUUGUAUUCAAUAUCGUGUGUAUUGUUGCAUAUAUAUAUAUAUAUAUAUAUAUAUAUAUAUAUAUAUAUAUAUAUAUAUAUAUAUAUAUAUAUGAGGGUUCUGUAGCCUUGUUGUCUUGAACUUUUGUAGCUAUUAAAAUCAUGUGAGCCAUGUCUGUUGAGAUUGCCAUUUGUCAUCUUUGCUCAGCCUCUCCAUUCAUUUCCUUCACUACUUCAUGCAUACAAUGCAAAGACAAACCACCAUCCAAGAUAAAAGGAAACUUGAAUAAGCUCGAUUCAGAAGCACUCCUAUUGACUUCAGUUACCUGUGUACUAAAGGAGUUGUAUCAUGCUAUUUUAACAUUUCCCCAGUUGUUUAUAGGGAUGUAUAUGAUUAUAUAUUGCCCUUUGCACAAGAACAAUCUAGUUUCUUAUGAAAUAUAAGUUAUUUUGAUGGCAAUUUUUCUAACUCUGAAGUAAGACUCGUUUUACUCAAACCCCGCCUUCGCUGUGCUCACACAUCUGUUGGUGGCCUCGAGGUGCCUUCAAUAACCACUCAUAAAGUAUGACAUCUCAAAUUUACACAGGAAUUAACAUUUUUAACAGGGCUAAAAGCCCAAAAAAACGCAUGAUAUGGCUCCUUUAACAUGAUGCUGUACAGUGUUUUGUAGUGUUAAAGUUUAUUUUUCAUCCUCUGGUGUCAUAUAUCCAAAUUGUAUGUUGUUUGACCAUAAAUUGCCUUAGGAAACGUUGUGGUAUGCCUACAGAACACUAAGCUUGAUUUUGAAUGUGAUGUUGGACCAGGCCUGGAGAUGUGCUGAACUUCCCCAUCGACCCUUUAUAUAAUCAGGUUAUUUUAUCAGGAUUUCAAUUAUUUUCUGAGACCACUUAAUGAAACAAUGCGUAUUUCUUGCCCGGGCAGAAAUCUAUAGAAAGAAAAAAAUUCAAAUGUGGUUUCACAAAGUUGUUUUGUUUUUAUGUGGAUUCUCCCUUCAAUCUUCCACUACUGGACCUACUAUCAAGAGAUCCUAUUGAUGUCCCUCUUAAAACCUUUGUACAAUCUGUGAUCUGUGUUGUCAUUGACUAAAAGGUUGUGAUUGCAUUCUCAAA